CGCGCCGCUCCCGGUCACCAUGGAAACGAAGGCUGAGGCUCAGCGCGGAGAUUGACUGAGCGAAGUCGCGCUGCAUCCCACGGCGCCGGCCGACACUGUGGUGCUCCCGGACGGCGACAGAGAUGCUGAAGGCCAAGAUCCUCUUCGUGGGGCCCUGCGAGAGUGGAAAAACUGUUCUGGCCAACUUUCUGACUGAAUCUUCCGACAUCACCGAAUACAACCCAACCCAAGGAGUGAGGAUCCUGGAAUUUGAGAACCCAAAUGUCGCCAGCAACAAGGGCACAGGGUGUGAGUUUGAGCUCUGGGACUGUGGCGGUGAUGCUAAGUUUGAGUCCUGCUGGCCGGCCCUGAUGAAGGAUGCCCAUGGGGUGGUUAUUGUCUUCAAUGCCGACAUCCCAAGCCACCUGAAGGAAAUCGAGAUGUGGUAUUCCUGCUUUGUCCAGCAGCAGUUCUUACAGGAUUCUCAGUGCCUGCUAAUUGCACAUCACAAACCAGGCUCUGGAGGCGACAUGGGGAGCCUGUCUUUGUCGCCACCACUGAACAAGCUGAAGCUGGUGCACUCCAAUCUUGAGGAUGAGCCUGAAGAGAUCCGGAUGGAGUUCAUGAAAUACUUGAAAAACAUCAUCAGUUCCAUGUCUGAGAGCAGAGACAGGGAGGAGAUGUCAAUCAUCACCUAAUAGCCUAUGCCCAGGACAUCCACUUCCUGAUGCAGUCGGCUGCUCCCGCACAGAACUGCAAUCGUACCCAGCUGCUCAUAUUUACUUGUCCCUGCGCCAACAGAAAACAUUGUCCUCUUCUCCCAGAAGGUAGUAGUCAGCCAGGAAUUGACUCGUGCUAUCUUCUGUCCUUAGUUCAGGUGGGAAAAUCCUUUCACUGGAUUCUGAUUCCAUGACCCCAGGCCUUUCCAAAAAGCUGGAAAAUUGAGGAAUCCCCUCCCUUUCAUAUGUAUCAAACUAUAAAAAUUGUGGAACUGUAGCCAUCAUAGCCCAAAGACACAUCAUCAGUUUAAUCCAGGUGUAUUGGUUUGGAUGUGAUCUUCAUUUCUUGAUUCAGUCAACAAAUUCCAACUAGUUGAGCCCCUACUGUGAUAUGUAAGGCCCUCUUCUAGCUGUUCACUGUAUAUAUGAUAAAACAAAACCCUUUCCCCAGUGACCCCUGGGAAUAUAGAUAAGUGGUUUAAGGGCCUGCCUGGCAAGCACAAAGUUCCCAGUUUGAUACCUGGUACCUGGAUGGGAGACCCCUCGCCCCAUACAGCCUUCCUUCUGUUUUUCUAAAUAAUACUGAGGUAGAGUCAGAAAUUUAAGUACUAUGUUUUAGUUUGAC